AUGAGUGUUCGAAACGCCGGGAAAGCAGGAUCCUGGUACGUAGCCUCCCCAGAUGAGCUGGGGAGCGAGCUCGACGAAUACCUAUCAGAUGUUCCAGAAACCAUCGACGGUUCAUCACUACCUGUCCCAGGAGCAAGAAUUAUCAUUGCACCACACGCAGGAUAUAGCUUCUCCGGCCCAUGUGCAUCAUGGGCAUACAAAUGCCUGGAUCUCACCAAAGCCAAGCGGGUAUUCAUCCUAGGUCCAUCCCACACAUAUUAUCUCGACGGUUGUGCCGUGACAACCUACGAUAAAUAUGCUACGCCAUUCGGUAACUUCACCGUCGACAGGGACACUAUUCAGCGUGUCAAGGAAGCAGCUCAAAUGGACGAUAUUCCCAAGUCACGAGACUCAGCUGAGCAUUCUCUGGAAAUGCACCUGCCCUACCUUUACAAACGGUGCGAGCAAACCUUUGGAUCACCAGACAAGUUUCCUACCGUUGUCCCGAUUCUAAUCGGCGAUAAUGACCGGGACGAAGAAAAAGCGGUUGGCCAGGUCUUGGUACCUUACCUAAAGGACGAAGAGAAUGCCUUCAUUAUCAGUUCUGAUUUCUGCCACUGGGGUGCCCAUUUCCAAUACAUGGUGUACUCGCCGGCGAAUGACCCGGCCCAGCUGAUCAAUCUCCGUAGGGGCGACAAAGCACCUACCGGAGCACCGAUCCACGAAACCAUAAAGCUUCUCGACGAAGCGGCCAUGGAUGCGGUCAAGAGUGGGCAUCACGAUGCUUUUGUGGACAAUCUCAAAUUGACCAAGAAUACAGUGUGUGGAAGACACCCGAUUGGUGUGGCUAUGGCAGCACUGGAGUUUCUCGCCCAGGAUGUCGCUGAUGAGAAGAGGUGUCGAUUUCAGAUCACACAAUAUCAACGAAGCAAUCUGGUUGAGAAACCAAGCGAUUUUAGUGUAAGCUAUGUCUCGGCAUAUGCGAUUUUGUAA